CUGAUUCUUCGCCUUUUUUUUGUUACCCAAUUCAUCACUCUGUUGCCAAAUCUUCGAUCACUAAAUCAUCUAUACUCAAUUCAGUUCAAACAAUUACCUAACCGAACAAAAAAAAAUGGGAAACUCAUUGCCAAAAUCCCCCCAAAUCGAACCACCUCAAAAUCAACAUGAACAGCAAGAGCUAGGAGGAGAAGAAUCCGAAGACGAGAGCAGCGAAUUCACCUGUGAAAUCUGCGUGGAGCCGGCGCCGAAAUCCGAGAAAAAGUUCCGCAACGGCGACAAGUGCCACCACCCAUUCUGCACCGACUGCGUGGCCAAGUACAUCCGCGUGGAGGUGGAGGACCACAACUCCGGGCGCGUGAGAUGCCCCGCCGUCGGCUGCCGCCACGAGCUGUUGCCGCUGGAGUGCGCGGAGGUGGUCGGGGCGGCGCUGCUCGUGCGGUGGUGCGACGUGCUGUGCGAGUCGGCGAUCGCAGGGGUGGAGAGGUGCUAUUGCCCUAAUGUGAGGUGCAACGAGCUGAUCGUGAACGAGUGCGGCGAGGUGGCGGGAAAAUCGAAGUGCCCUAACUGCAAGGAGAUGUUCUGCUUCGAGUGCAAGGGGAGUUGGCACGCGGGAUUCACGUGCGAGGAGAGCGUGGAGGACAGGGAUGGGGGUGACGUGGCGUUUGGGAUUCUGGUGGAGCAGAAUAAGUGGAGGAGGUGCCCGCGCUGCAGGCAUUUCGUCGAGCUCAUGGAGGGCUGCCCUAUUAUUAGAUGCAGAUGUGGGAGCGAUUUUUGCUACCGGUGUCAAGUGCUGGUUGACAAGCCGUGGUGCCGUUGCAUGACCGCUUCUCUGCGGCAUUGCCGUGUUUGGUGCUACAGAAUCUGUAUACUCAUCCUCUUCCUCAAUGUUGCGCUUCUUUUCUCGUUGUGGGGAAUCAAGAAACACAAACGAAUCAACAAAUAAAUCUUCAAAUAUAGACAUGGACCUGACGCUUUAUUGCUAGCUAUGUAUGAACAUGAGUUCAUCCCCCCUCUUCUCUUAUAGUUACUGAAUGUUGAAUACAGCUUGCUACUUUAGUAUAGUAGUAGUAGUAACAUUCAACAACGGGUAUUCAUUAUUUGUCCUUUGUUGAGUUCAUCGGUUUAGUUGAUGAUACGAUAAUGUUAAACCGUUUUGGAGGCA